AUGGAUUGCUAUUCAUUAGAAUAUAAGAUUGCUUGUGGUAUAAAAAAUAUGCUAAAAAAAACUAUGUUAUCAUGCCUUAGCUUGCUAUACUCAUAAAGAUUGCCAGGAAUAAAAAAUUUAUGGGAAAAUUAAAUUAAUGGAGAAUUCUAAGUGACACCUUAAUCAUCUUGGGAGAUAUUACAGGAAUAGGAUUUUGAAGUAAUCCAAAAUUAAAGAUAGUGGCCUUUGGCUUAAAGGUGA